AUGAUCAACCAAACAGAAGCUGAGAGUUUUAAAAACAAAGGCAAUGAAGCUUUUAAAAAUGAAAACUAUAAGGAAGCCGUAUCACUGUACAGUAAAGCUAUUAAUUUAGCGGAAAAAGAUACGCGUGAGUUGGCUACAUAUUUGAAAAAUAGAGCUGCCGCUUAUCUCAAAAUGAAAGAAUUUAAUAAAGUAAUUAAGGAUUGUGAUGAAGCCCUACAAAUUAUUCCGGAAGAUCCGAAGGCUUUGUUUCGUCGAUCACAAGCGCUAGAGAGUCUAGAAAGAUUUGAAGAAGCAUACAGAGAUGCUAAAACAAUUUUUAGAGUGGACCCAUCAAAUAAAGCUGUGCAACCAGUUUUGGCUCGCCUCUAUGCGAUUGUUCAGGAAAGAAUAAAAAAUGCAGCACAAACAAGCAGUAAGGUGGAACAAAUGUUUAAACUUGCUUUUGAAUUAAGUGAAGAUAAGGAUAAGCGUGAAAAAGCUAUGUCAAAUUUACUUGUUUUAUCUAAAGAAUCAACUGGUGCUGACAUCAUGGUUAAAAAUGGAGUAGUUCAUAAAAUUCAGAAACUGGUUAAGGUGGAGAAGAAUUUAGAAAUAUAUGUUAAUGCUAUAAGAGUAAUUGGACAACUUUGUAAAAGAAGUGUUGAACGCACGAAGGAGAUUAUUAAUGUAGUUGGCAUUCCUUGGUUCUUAGAAAUUAUUGACAGUGAAGAUGAAGAAAGGGUAACUGCUGCCCAAUAUUGUCUACAGGUAAUUUUGAAUACAUUUUCAGGAAUGGAUACUAAAAAAGAAACUAAACCUGAUAAACUAUUAUGUGAGCAAUACAAAAGUGAAAUUGAUACACUCCUUACAUGUCUUACAUAUUCAAUAACUAAUAGAGUUAUUACUGGGAAAUCUAGAGAUGCAAUCAUUGAAUUAAUUAUGAGAAAUUGCCACUACAGUACUUUAAACUGGGCGGAAAGGUUUGUAGAAAUCAGAGGACUGCAACGCUUACUUGAAGUUUGUAGUGAAUUAGAAGAAUACAAGUAUGAAUCUGCAAUGAAUAUAACUGAUUCAUCUAGGACUAUAGCCGCUGCUUGCUUAGCAAGAAUUUAUGAAAAUAUGUAUUAUGACCAAGCUAGAGAAAACUUUAAUAAUCAAAUUGACGAUUUUAUUAAAGAAAAACUGUUAACUCCAGAUUUAGAAUCCAAAGUACGAGUGACAGUAGCAAUAACAUCACUACUUCGGGGACCACUGGAUGUUGGCAAUUAUGUUAUUUCUAAAGAAGGUAUCAUGGAGAUGAUUUUAGUUAUGGCACAAACGGAAGACUUAUUACAACAGAAAGUUGCUUGUGAAUGUUUAAUUGCUGCUGCAUCCAAAAAGGAUAAAGCAAGAGCUAUUAUUAAUAAAGGUGUGGAUAUAUUAAAGAGCUUAUAUUCUAGUAAAAAUGAUGCUGUAAGGGUAAGAGCACUUGUAGGCUUAUGUAAAAUUGGAAGUUUUGGAGGUGAUGAUGCAUCUGUUCGUCCAUUUGCAGAUGGUUCAACAAAAAAAUUAGCAGAAGCUUGUAGAAGAUUUUUAGUAAAUCCUGCAAAAGAUAAAGAUAUGAGAAAGUGGGCUGCUGAAGGCUUAUCAUAUUUAACCUUAGAUGCAGAUGUGAAAGAAAAAUUAGUUGAUGACAAGCCAGCCAUUCAAGCUCUUAUUGAACUUGCUAAAACUGGAGAUCAAUCUUGCUUAUAUGGUGUAGUAACAACUUUAGUUAAUUUAUGUAAUGCAUAUGAAAAACAGGAAAUGAUGCCUGAAAUGUUGGAGCUAGCUAAAUUUGCAAAACAUCAUAUACCAGAACAACAUGAAUUAGAUGAUCCCGAUUUUGUUAACAAAAGAUUAACAGUUCUUUGUAAGGCUGGAGUGACAUCUGGGUUAGUAGCUUUGUCUAAAACAGAAAGUCAUAAUUCAAGAGAACUUAUUGCUAGAGUGCUUAAUGCUAUAUGCAGUUUACAAGAUUUGAGAGGUAUUGUAGUACAACAAGGAGGUGCAAAAAUUUUGAUUCCUAUGGCUUUAGAAGGUACAAAUAACGGAAAGAAACAAGCAGCACAAGCUUUAGCUAGAAUUGGAAUUACAAUUAAUCCAGAAGUUGCAUUCCCUGGUCAAAGGAAUUUAGAAGUUGUAAGACCUCUAGUGUCCUUAUUGCAUCCUGAUUGUACUGCAUUGGAAAACUUUGAAGCCCUGAUGGCACUUUGUAAUUUAGCUGGAAUGAAUGAAACUACUAGAAACAGAAUAUUAAAAGAAGGGGGUUUGUCAAAAAUAGAACUCUACUUAUAUGAAGACCAUAUGAUGUUACAGAGAGCUGCUGCACAGUGUAUAUGCAAUUUAGUCCAAUCAGAAGAAGUUAUAAAAACAUAUGAAGGCAAUAAUGAUAAAACAAAAUAUUUAUACUUGCUAUGUCAGGAAGAAGACGUUGAUACAGUUAUGGCAGCGGCUGGUGCACUAUGUAUGCUAACAUCUGUUAGUAAAACUUGUUGCAGAAAAUUACUUGAUCUUCAGUCUUGGGUAGAAUCACUUAGAUGUUUAUUAGCUAAUCCAAAUUAUGAAAUUCAAUAUAGAGGAGUGUAUAUGCUUUAUAAUAUCAUUAAUGGUGAUAAAGAUAUUGCUGCUAAAAUAUUUGAAACGGAUGUAAUGGAAAUUUUAAUGGCUCUUACUAAAUUAAUUGAGGCGGAACAAAAACGUACUAAAGAAUAUGCUGAAAAAUGUUUAGCAGCAGCAGAGGAGUUGGGAGUUAUCAGAAAACCAGUUGAAGGUGCUGUCAAUGAUUCCCUUGAAGAAGAACCUCUAGAAGAGGACGAUGAA